AUGCUUAGGCUCCAUCCUUAUCUGAAGCGCCUCAAUUAUAGAAAUGUUCUCCAAAAGAGGCUUUAUCAAACUGCACAACAACAACAGCAACAACAUCAAGUGGCAGCCACCAGCAAGCCAAAUUAUGCAGCUUUUACAGCUGCCACUUUGAUAGCCGCUGGUUCUGGCUAUUGGUAUGGCAGCAAUAAACAGCAGCAGGGUACAAUUUCUCCUCCUCCUCCUCCUCCUCCUCCUCAACAACACACUCGACCUCAAGUCCCGGUGCCUGCUAUUCCAUCACACGAAACCAUCGCCAAAGCCUUCAACGAGCUUCGCAAAGUGUUACCUGCCGAACAUGUCUCUGUCGACGAAGAAUUACUACAAGAGCACGGCUAUUCCAAUAAUUCUUAUCACAACGAAGGCGCGCCCAACAUUGUCGUGUUUCCCAAAAGUACAGAAGAAGUAGCAGAGAUUGUCAAGAUUGCCAACAGGUUCAAUUUGCCCAUCAUUCCCUUCUCGGGUGGUACUUCUUUAGAGGGCCACUUUUCUGCACCCAAGGGAGGCAUCUGUAUUUCAUUCACGGAGCAUAUGGAUCAAAUCGUCGAAUUUCAUCCCCAAGACAUGGACAUUGUGGUACAACCUGGUAUUCAAUGGGAAGAUUUGAACUUUUAUUUAAAGAAGCAGGGUCUGUUCUUUCCAAUGGAUCCAGGACCUGGUGCUUGUAUUGGUGGCAUGGUAGGCACAUCAUGUUCUGGCACAAAUGCUGUGCGUUAUGGCACCAUGCGAGAAUGGGUCAUCAAUCUCACUGUAGUGACUCCAGAAGGCAAGAUUCUCAAGACACGUCAGCGACCGCGCAAAUCUUCAGCAGGCUACGAUCUUACCAAAUUGUUUAUUGGGUCUGAAGGCACAUUAGGUGUUGUCACUGAAAUUACACUCAAACUCGCCGUCUUACCACAAGAAGAAACGGUGGCCGUGUGUGAUUUCCCCACCAUUCGUGAUGCCGCUGCUGUCGUACCAGACUUGGUGCGUGCUGGCGUCCAAAUUGGUGCUGUUGAACUCUUGGAUGCGCAAAUGAUGAAGGCUAUCAAUCUCGCCAAUCCUGAAUUAGGUCAUUCUGAAAAGCCAACCCUGUUUUUCAAAUUCUCUGGCGGAUCCAAAGUCAUUGUCGAUCACGAGAUCAAGGUCGUGUCUGAUAUUGCAAAGAAGCAUCAGGGUGGUACCUUCAAGUACGCCAAGAACGAGGAGGAGAAGGCUGAUCUCUGGGAGGGAAGAAAGAUUGCACUGUGGUCAUCCACGCUGCUCAAGCCAGAAGCCUCUGUGUGGACAACCGAUGUGGUGGUGCCUGUGUCUAAAUUACCUGAUCUGAUUGCAGAGACCACCAAGGACUUGGAGGGAUCUUUCUUGCCCUGUCCUAUGGUGGGCCAUGUGGGCGAUGGUAAUUUCCAUGUAUUCAUCUUGUUCAAGAAAGACGAUGAAAAGGAAUACGCAGAGGCGAAGCGUCUCAACAAGAAUCUCUUGGAAAGAGCCAUUCGCAUGGAGGGUUCUGUAACGGGUGAACACGGUGUGGGUAUUGGCAAAAAAAUGUUUUUGAACCAGGAACUCGGUGAAAAUACAGUAGAUAUGAUGAAGACCAUCAAGAUUGCAUUAGAUCCAAAGGGAUUGAUGAAUCCAGAAAAGGUUUUACCUGAUAAUUAA